AUGCUCUCUGCUGCUCAGGACUCGCAUAUCGAGUUCGGGGUCGGACCCAACGACCCCCGAUACUUCGCGGGCCGCGGGGACACCGGCGGACCCCAUCUGCAACCCUACAAUUUGCAGGAGCGAUCCAGGAGCUCCUUGAAGGGGUUCCCACAGGACCCCGAUUCCCAGUUUGGACUCCAGAACCCCCGGUUGGAGCACGAUGAUCCCCAGCGUAAGCGACAAGACCUCAACUUUUUGCUCCAGGAUCUCCAGUCUGAACGCGAAGAUCCCCGGAUCUUGCGCCAAGAUUCCCAGUUUGGAGUCAACUAUCCCCAGUUUGGGGUCCAAGAUCCCCAAUUUGGGGUCCAAGAUCGUCAAUUUGGGGUCCAAGAUCCCCAAUUUGGGGUUCAAGAUUCCCAAUUUGGGGUCCAAGAUCCUCAAUUUGGAGUACAAGAUCCCCAAUUUGGGGUACAAGAUCCCCAUUUCGGGCGCGGUGGACCGCGGAUCCCAAGUCAGGAUCAGCAGCUGGUCUCGAGAAUGCUGGAUCUUUACGACGACGAUCGCGCAGAUCUCAACGAUCAGCUGGCGCUCGCCGAUCUUCUGGCGGGCCUCGGGCAGGACCGGCCCGAUGAUCGGUCUGCAGCGUUCAUGCAGCGCCUGCGGGCCGUCUUGCGGGCCGGAGACCGGGAGACGGCCCGCCGCAUGCUGGGCGGACCCGCAGGUCACGUGGUAGUGCAGCUCAGCUGCAGUUCAAGGUCACGUGGUAGUGCAGCUCAGCUGCAGUUCAAGGUCACGUGGGCCAGCCACCGCUACCAGUCCAGCUCGAGCCUCUACUCUGAUGGCCAGAGCUCCUCCUCCCCCUCCUCCCCAGCGCCCUCCCCCUCCCCCACACACAUCCCUCCCUCCACCAUCACCAUGUCAUCACUACGCACCACAUCACGCAUCACAUACACAUCAUCAGCAUCAUUCCAGUCAUCAUUCACGCCUCUCACCAAGCGAUGGAACUCCACGCAAGACUUCACCGGGACCGUCCCGUGCCCGGUCCCGGGGCACAACGGGACCCUCGGCACCCCUGCCGGCACCCCCACUCCCACCCCCACAACCCCCAGCACCAACCUCGCCAG